AACAGCCCUGCCUCCCAGCGGACCCACUGUGCCAUGCGCAUCGCUCCGACACUCAGUGUUGAGCAUGUGGGGCCCCUUAAAGAGAAGCGCCGAGUAGACGGCACAGAGUUUCUCCAUUGAAGAGUCACCGCAAUGAGGAACAGCGCCGAACCGGCACAAUGCGCUCCAGGCUCCCAGGGACCGCCUGCCUAUUGCGAACAAUUGGAUUCUGCAUCCUCCUCUCGAACACUGCAGCUUACUUUGGGCUGACAGGCCGAGAGCCACUGGUGCUUUUACCAGGUCCAUUUUCCAAUGAAGCUCCAUCGGGGAAGGCCCACCUGAAGCAGUGCGAGCAGAUGAGUCUGACCAGGCGGCAGAAGAGGAUGUGCCGCAGAGAGCCCGGUUUAGCCGAGACGCUCCGGGAGUCGGUGCGCCUCGGCCAGUUGGAGUGUCGCUAUCAAUUCAGAAACGAGCGCUGGAACUGCACCUUGGAUGGCCGAGGAAGCCUCCUAAAAAGAGCAUUUAAGGAGACUUCCUUCCUUCUGGCUGUGUCCUCCGCUGCUCUAACCCAUGCACUCGCCAAAGCUUGCAGCUCAGGCCGGAUGGAGAGGUGCACGUGUGACGACUCCCCUGGGAUCCAGCACAGAGAAGCGUGGCAAUGGGGGGUCUGUGGAGACAACCUGAAAUACAGCACCAAGUUCCUCAAAAAGUUCCUCGGCCAAAAGAGGGUCAGCAAAGACCUUAGGGCGCAGGUCGAUGCCCACAACAUCAACGUUGGUAUCCGGGCAGUGAAGAGUGGGCUGAAAACAACCUGCAAAUGUCACGGAGUCUCCGGCUCUUGUGCCGUACGGACUUGCUGGAAGCAGCUGUCCCCUUUCCAUGACACUGGGCGGCUGCUGAAGUAUAGAUACGACAACGCCGUGAAAGUGUUGAGCGUCACCAACGCGGCCACAGGAGAGACUGAGCUCGCGGGGCCCAGACGCCACGGUCAGAGCCCCAGGAACACCGACCUGGUCUACCUGGAGGACUCCCCCAGCUUCUGCAGGCCUUCCCGCUACUCGCCUGGCACGGGGGGCCGGUCGUGCACCAAGGACACGAGCUGUCAGAGUCUGUGCUGUGGACGCGGCUACAACACGGCCAUGCGGCUCACCAGCCUAUCCUGCCACUGCCAGGUGCGCUGGUGCUGCCAUGUGGAGUGCCAGACAUGCGUGAGGGAAGAGGAGGUGUACACCUGCAAGAAUGCAUAAACAAACAUUUGGAGAAAGGAGAUGAUCUGAUGAAGCAGUGGGGAGGAAAAAAAAAGACAAAACUCUGACCUUCAUGGGUACUCCACUGCAGAAUGUCACGUCAAAGCAUGUGUCUGCAAAUAUCACUUAAGACUUGCAUGAUAUUUUGGGAGAAAAACACUAAUGUGCCACUACAAUACUGUUGGUUCUUUGCUAAUCAUCAGAUUACAAUAGAUGAUGAUGUUUCCAGACUACUCUACUUCUCCUUAGCUGGAUGCACUGAAAUCUCAUUUUUUCUACAAAAGAGGGAAUGGAAUCAAGAUCCUCAAAAUGGGAACCAGACUGGAUCUUACCAGCAGUAUGAACUCUGACACUGACUGAUUGAUGUGGUAUUCAGCCUCCCAUAUUUUACUAUUUAUUGUGCCACUUUCUGUGCCUCGCAUACUGCUGCUUUAUGCAUUAAAUCUUGUAAUCAAGUAUUGCCAAAAAGGCUGUAAAGGAGUUAAAAUGACUCCGCCUGCCUGUCUCUGACUGCUGUGGAGAACUUUUAAAGUUCUGUUCUGAGUAAAAGCACUUAAGUUGCUCUUGCUACAUAUUA